AUGUUAAUCCAGGACCCAGUAAGGAGACCCAGUAAGGAGUAUAGUAAACGUGUAUCCAGGAAGCUAAGGUCUAAAUCUUUAGAUACUAGGGAUCAAGGAUCNAUCGUUAUCGUUAUCGUUAUCGUUAUCGUUAUCGUUAUCGUUAUCGUUAUCGUUAUCAUUAUCAUUAUCCUACUAGGUUGUCCUAUAUGUCUGGGUAAGAUAGAAAAUAGAGCUAAAACAGAUACUUGUUUUCAUGAAUUCUGCUUCACUUGUCUGAUUGAAUGGGCCAAGGUUCGACCUGUCUGCCCACUGUGUAAAGGAAAAUUUAGUUACGUGAUUCAUAAUAUACGCUCAGAUUCAGAAUAUGACAGGUAUGAUCUGCCGACUGUGGUUGAACAGGUUGAAGAGGUUCUUCAUGGACAUCUUAGUGAUUUCAGGAUGCAUAAUCGUAGAUUUCGGUAUCAUACCACACUCACAGACCAACAUCUCAUCUCCAGAAGGGCCAGGUUGGAGGCACAGCUGCAGAAUCACAAUAUUCCUGCAUUUCCUGACAGAAUUCUCCCAAGUCGUCACCAUUUUAACAGAAGGCGCGGACGUGGUAUGUCUGAGUUCCGUCGGGAUUUAUAUGCCAGGGAUCUCUGGGUUUUACCUCUAGCAGAUAUUACAGGGCGUUACAGAAACUGUUCCCCAGAUUGGUAUAGGUCUAAUGAAGCUCAAAUACACAGACUGGUUCCCUUUCUGAACAGAGAACUGCUGGCACUACUAGAGGGAGGCCCACACCGGUCCCAGCAGGCGUAUCUCACCACACAGAUAACAGAUUGGAUUACAAGAUAUGAGAUCCAAAGUCCGGAGAUGAGAGAUAAUCUUCUUCCAUACCUUGGCCUUAGGACUGAGCAUUUUCAACAUGAGCUGUACAACUUUGCCAGAUCUACAUAUGACCUAGUGGGAUAUGAUAACAAUGCUGAGUAUCAGACUCGUCGUCUUCCCACAGCUGAAGUUGUCUCAAGUGAAUCUGAAUCUGGAUCUGAAGAUUACAGACACAUCGUUGAGACAGCUGUAGAGGCCAGGGUAGAGGAACCUAUACUUGGAUUCAGUAGUGUUAUUAAUACCAGUCUAGAGAUACUUAAUACACAGUCAAGAAGAUCUGAGUCUAGUCGACACAGAAACCGUGAUGAAGAGAUUAGAUCAAGAUCAGCUGAUCGGAGGGAAGGAUGGAGGCAGUGGAGGCGGAGGCAGAGACAAAACAUUCUCGGAGGAGAUCAGGGAUCCCGUUCACGAAGACAAUCUGGAUCCCAGGAUCGCACAGAUCGCGCUUCACCCUUUCAAAGAACUUCUGAUGUGAUUGCUCGAUCUUGUGAUGCUUAUGGAGUUCCUUUUCAACGAAGGUCCAACUCGACAGAUGCGCCGACUGUCCCUUUCCGUCCAGCUCGCGGUCAGAACACGCCCGCCAUUCUUCAGAGGUUGAAUUUACAGGCCGAUAUGAUUCAAUCUCUUAUACGUAACUCUAGGGAGCAACAGGAGCCCACUCACACUACUAGCUCCACAUAUUCAAGGUAAUAGGAGCCCACUCACACUACUA